AUGCAGCCGCCUGUGGGACAAAGUCUGGCUCCCAGCAGCUCCACAGAGGCUCUGGCACAGGAGCCUCCUCCACCAGGCGCCUCUGUGGGCUCAGACCCAGCAGUGGCCACAUCCUGCGCCCUGCCCGGAGCUGUGGGGCUGCCUGGGGGGGCCCCGAGGCCGCUGCUGAUGGAGCUGCUUGGCUCUCGGCAGCGCUGCUGUGUCUGCGGCCAGAGCGGGGCCACCAUCAUGUGCUGCGAGGAAAACUGUGACAGAUGGUUCCACCUGCCCUGUGCCAAGGAAGGCGGCUGUGUCACUCAAUAUAUUUCAAAUUAUAGCUCCUACUGCUCUGAGCACCGUCCAGAGCAGGACGUGCAGGAGACUCCAGAGCCAGACACCAAAUGCCCCAUCUGCCUGGAGCCUGUGGAGGAUAGAAAGACCUUCACCACCAUGGUGUGCCCAGCGUGCAAAAGGGCCUGGUUCCACAGGGACUGCAUCCAGGGACAGGCCAUGCGCUCUGGUCUUUUAUGCCUCCAUUGCCCCCUCUGCAGAGACCUACAAGAAUUUCUUGUACAUAUGUUCAUCAUGGGGAUCCGCGUCCCCUUCAGACUGCCAACAUGGGAGGACAACGAUGCCUUUGCCGACCUAGAAGAGAGGCACAGCUGGUGCAAUGCCAGGAAAUGCCUUUACCCAGGAGGCAGGGAGCAAGCAGAGGAAGAGGGGCCCUGGGAACUGCUCCUAUGUUCCUCCUGUGCUGCUGAAGGCACCCACAGGCGCUGCUCUGGCCUGACAGCAAAGAGAACUAGUUGGGAGUGUGACAGCUGUGCUGGUCUUGGCACAGCCCCCAGGGAUGUGCCAGAGAUCAAUGGCUGCAGCCUGGCUGGACAGUCACGACUGGGGCCUUCUCACAGUUCUCCAGAAUCAGAGGACGGCAGUUCCAGCUCCUCCAGCCCGGGGCCAUCAGGUCUGGCUCCCCAAACUUUGCCUCUAGAGACCCACAGCCGCAGCAGACGCCGACGUGCAGCAUCACAGCAGUUGCUGCCAUAUUCCUCUCGGAAGAGCAGAAGCCGCAGCGCACACAGGGAGGCAACACCAGGGUCAGAAAACCGUAGAUCCUCAGACCCUGAGCACAGGGUCCGUUCCAGAUGUGCUGGGCCUGACUGCAGGCGAAACCGCUCUCGCCAGCAAGCGUCGGGCCUCGAGCCCAUCUGCCCGGUCCAGGCGUCGCCAGGACAGGAGCAGGAGGACAGCAAGUGCUGA